AGAGGAGAGAGAGGAGAGAGUGAGAGGGAGAGGGAGGGAGGGAGAGAGAGGGAGAGAGAGACGGAUAUCUCAGGUCAUCUGCAGCUGCAGCGAGUCUGAGGAGCCGAGGAAGGCAGGGAAGAUGGCGAUCCUCCAUUGCUGAGACCCGGCAGAAGCACAUGAGACUCCCAAACAACUUCCACAACAAUAACCCGAGCAGGAAGAGGAGAAAGAGAAAGAGGAUAAGGAGGCGGUGGGGCUGGAGAACCCGAAGCACCUCCCGGCGCCGGGACGCUCCUUCUGUUCCUAAUGUGAGAGGGUAGAUAGAUCCAAAUCAUGGAGGUGCUUCAGUGUGAUGGCUGUGAUUUCAGAGCCCCAUCUUAUGAAGAUCUCAAGGCACACAUACAGGAUGUCCACACGGCAUUUCUGCAGCCAACCGAUGUUGCUGAGGACAAUGCUAAUGAGCCACGAUCCGGGUCCAUGAAUGCCAGUAAUCAGACAGAGGUGGAGUUUUCUUCUAUAAAGGAUGAAUAUGCAAUCGCGGAGGAUUUAUCAGGUCAAAAUGCAACACUAUUGGGGACCGGAAGUUACUAUGGCCACAGUACAGGAUAUUACGGUCAGCAUAUUGCCCCUAAUCCCAAACCAACAAACAAAUUUUUUCAAUGCAAGUUCUGCGUACGCUACUUCAGGUCAAAAAACCUCCUCAUAGAACACACUAGGAAGGUCCAUGGAGCGCAAAUUGAAGGGAGUUCAGCAGGACCCCAUGUCCCAGGAUCCUUAAAUUACAAUAUUAUGACGCACGAAGGAUUUGGAAAGGUCUUCUCUUGUCAGUUUUGCACAUACAAGUCGCCGAGGAGGGCAAGAAUAAUUAAGCAUCAGAAAAUGUACCACAAAAACAACUUGAAAGAGACUACUGCUCCCCCACCUGUUCCUGCUCCCAUGCCAGACCCUGUGGUUCCACCAGUGUCCCUGCAGGAUCCCUGCAAGGAACUGCCAGCAGAGGUUGUGGAACGCAGCAUCUUAGAAUCCAUGGUCAAACCUUUGACCAAGUCUCGAGGCAAUUUUUGUUGUGAGUGGUGCAGCUACCAGACGCCUCGCCGAGAACGCUGGUGUGACCACAUGAUGAAGAAACACCGUAGUAUGGUCAAGAUCCUUUCCAGUCUUAGACAGCAACAAGAAGGGACUAAUUUACCUGAAGUGCAGAACAAGAAUGCCCCCAGCCCCACUUCCAACUCCACCUAUCUGUCCAUGAAUGCUGCAAGCCGGGAGAUACCAAGCACUAACGUCUCCAACUUCAGGGGCUCCAUGAGCAACUCCAUCAUGAGACCCAAUUCUUCUUCAGCUUCCAAAUUUUCACCCAUGUCUUACCCUCAGAUGAAGCCGAAGUCACCUCACAAUUCUGGCCUAGUUAACUUGGCAGAGAGAUCUCGUUAUGGAAUGACUGACAUGACCAAUUCUACUGACCUGGAAACUAACAGCAUGCUAAAUGACUCUAGUUCUGAUGAAGAGUUAAAUGAAAUAGACAGUGAGAAUGGUUUAAAUGCUAUGGAUCACCAGGCAUCAGGCAUAUCUGCAGAACAGUUGAUGGGCUCAGAUGGCAACAAAUUAUUGGAGACGAAGGGGAUUCCGUUUAGAAGAUUCAUGAAUAGGUUCCAGUGCCCCUUUUGUCCUUUCCUCACCAUGCAUCGACGUAGCAUCUCCCGUCACAUAGAAAACAUUCACUUAUCUGGAAAGACAGCUGUCUACAAAUGUGACGAAUGUCCGUUUACUUGUAAGAGCUCAUUAAAACUUGGGGCUCACAAACAGUGUCACACGGGUACAACGUCAGAUUGGGAUGCUGUGAAUUCUCAGAGUGAAAGCAUUUCUUCCUCACUGAAUGAAGGUGUGCUGUCUUAUGAGAGUUCAAGCAUCAACGGUAGAAAGUCAGGAGUCAUGUUGGAUCCCUUGCAGCAGCAACAGACACCACAACCUCCACCACCACCGCCGCCACCACCACCUUUACAGCCACAGUCACUGCAGCAGCCACAGCCACCACAGCUACAGUCACCACUUCAGGUGCCACCCCAGCCACAGCCCCAGCCACCACCAACACAGCAGCCACCACCACCCACGCAAGCCCCACCACUGCACCCUUACAAAUGCACCAUGUGUAAUUAUUCCACCACGACUCUGAAAGGGCUAAGAGUCCAUCAGCAGCACAAACAUUCGUUCUGUGACAACUUGCCAAAAUUUGAGGGGCAGCCCUCAAGCCUAUCAUUGGAAAAUGAGACAGACAGCCACCCCUCUUCCAGCAACACUGUGAAGAAAAGUCAGACCUCAAUUCUUGGGUUGUCCUCCAAGAACAAUUUUGUAGCUAAGUCUUCUAGGAAGCUUGCUAAUGACUUUCCUCUAGAUUUAUCACCUGUGAAGAAGAGAACUAGGAUUGACGAGAUAGCCAGCAACUUGCAGAGCAAAAUUAACCAAACCAAGCAGCAGGAAGAUGCAGUGAUCAAUGUUGAAGAUGAUGAGGAGGAAGAAGAAGACAAUGAAGUAGAAAUAGAGGUAGAGUUGGAUAGGGAAGAAGAGCCAACAGAGCCGAUUCUGGAAGUCCCCACGUCCUUUUCAGCGCAACAGAUUUGGGCAAGAGAUACCAGUGAGCCCCCGAAGGAGCCCAACUUCAGAAAUGUCGCCCAUGAUUACAAUGCCACCAAUGGUGCAGAGAUUGAACUUACCCUUUCUGAAGAUGAAGAGGAUUAUUAUGGCUCCUCAACAAACAUGAAAGAUCACCAAGUUUCCAAUCCUGCUCUGCUGAACACCCAAACUCCCAUCUAUGGAACUGAGCAUAAUAAUGAAAAUACAGACUUUAGUGACUCUGGAAGGCUUUACUAUUGUAAACACUGUGACUUUAACAACAAAUCUGCCCGGAGUGUUAGCACCCACUACCAACGAAUGCACCCGUACAUUAAAUUCAGCUUUAGGUACAUCUUGGACCCCAAUGAUCACAGUGCAGUGUACAGGUGCCUAGAGUGCUACAUUGAUUACACCAACUUUGAAGAUCUCCAGCAGCACUAUGGCGAACACCACCCAGAAGCCAUGAAUGUACUCAACUUUGACCAUUCAGACCUGAUCUACCGGUGUCGGUUUUGUUCAUACACGAGCCCGAAUGUUAGAAGCCUGAUGCCACAUUACCAAAGAAUGCAUCCCACAGUGAAGAUCAACAACGCAAUGAUAUUUUCAAGUUAUGUCGUGGAGCAGCAGGAAGGGCUGAAUACUGAAUCCCAGACCUUGAGGGAGAUUCUGAAUUCGGCUCCCAAGAACAUGGCGACUUCCACUCCUGUGGCUCGUGGUGGUGGUGUGCCAGCUACGUUUAAUAAAAACACUCCUUCAAAGACUUUUACUCCAGAAUGUGAAAAUCAGAAGGACCCUUCAGUCAACACUGUUGUUGUUUACGAUUGUGACGUUUGUUCAUUUGCAAGCCCCAACAUGCAUUCUGUCUUGGUUCAUUAUCAGAAGAAACACCCUGAGGAAAAGGCUUCCUACUUUAGGAUCCAGAAAACCAUGCGAAUGGUGUCUGUGGACAGGGGCUCUGCCCUUUCUCAGUUAUCAUUUGAGGUGGGUGCUCCAAUGUCUCCCAAAAUGUCCAACAUGGGUUCCCCACCCCCCCCACAACCCCCGCCACCAGACCUCAGUACUGAGCUUUACUACUGCAAACACUGUUCCUACAGCAAUCGCUCAGUUGUGGGAGUGCUUGUCCACUACCAGAAAAGACACCCAGAAAUAAAGGUUACUGCCAAAUAUAUCAGACAGGCUCCUCCCACAGCUGCAAUGAUGAGAGGGGCCGAAGGGCCCCAAGGCUCUCCUCGGCCACCCAUCCCCAUGCAACAGCUGAACCGAAGCAGCUCUGAGAGAGAUGGCCCUCCUGUGGAGAAUGAGAUGUUCUUUUGCCAGCACUGUGAUUAUGGGAACAGGACGGUCAAAGGUGUACUCAUUCAUUACCAGAAGAAGCACCGAGACUUCAAGGCCAAUGCAGAUGUGAUCCGGCAGCACACAGCCACCAUCCGAAGCCUUUGUGACCGAAACCAGAAGAAGCCUGCAAGUUGCAUGCUUGUCCCCCCAUCUAGUGUGGAGCGGGACAAAACUAAACUCCGAGCACUCAAAUGUAGGCAGUGCUCAUAUACCUCCCCCUACUUCUAUGCACUGAGGAAGCAUAUCAAGAAAGACCACCCUGCCCUGAAAGCCACGGUGACGUCCAUCAUGCGGUGGGCAUUCCUAGAUGGCUUGAUAGAAGCUGGCUACCACUGCGAAUGGUGCAUCUAUUCCCACAUGGAGCCUAAUGGUUUGCUCCUGCAUUACCAAAGGAGGCAUCCAGAGCACUAUGUUGAUUAUACUUACAUGGCAACCAAACUCUGGGCUGGGCCAGACCCGUCCCCUCCCUCUCUCACCAUGCCCGCUGAAGCCAAAACAUACAGAUGCAGGGACUGUGUUUUUGAAGCCGUCUCCAUCUGGGAUAUCACCAAUCACUACCAAGCAUUCCACCCCUGGGCCAUGAAUGGUGAUGAGUCGGUGCUGCUGGAUAUCAUCAAGGAGAAAGAUGUGGUCGAGAAGCCCAUCCUUUCAUCUGAAGAGUUGGCAGGCCCUCUGAAUUGUGAAAACAACAUGCCCACCCCACUCCCAGAACAAGAAGCUGAAUGCCCAGAGGAUGCAAGACUUUCCCCAGAGAAAAGCAUGCAACUAGCUUCAGCCAACCCUGCCAUAUCCUCUACCCCGUACCAGUGCACAGUGUGCCAGUCUGAGUAUAACAACUUGCAUGGCCUUCUCACCCAUUAUGGGAAGAAGCACCCAGGCAUGAAAGUGAAGGCUGCUGACUUUGCCCAGGACAUCGAUAUCAACCCAGGUGCUGUCUACAAAUGCAGGCAUUGCCCCUAUAUCAAUACCCGCAUCCAUGGCGUCCUGACCCACUACCAGAAGCGACACCCAUCCAUCAAGGUGACUGCUGAGGACUUUGUGCACGAUGUGGAGCAGUCUGCUGACAUAUCCCAGAAUGACGUGGAGGAGACGAGUCGGAUUUUCAAGCAAGGGUAUGGUGCCUACCGGUGCAAACUGUGUCCAUACACGCAUGGCACUUUGGAGAAACUCAAAAUCCACUACGAGAAGUACCACAAUCAGCCAGAAUUCGAUGUCUUUUCCCCGUCGCCCCCGAAGCUGCCAGUCUCCCUUGAGCCUGAGAUAACCACUGAAGUGAGCCCCUCCCAAGUCUCCCUUACCGAGGAGGAGGUGGGAGAGGAGCCCGUGUCCACUUCUCACUUCUCUACCUCGCACCUGGUCUCCCACACUGUGUUCCGGUGCCAGCUCUGCAAGUACUUCUGCUCCACGAGGAAGGGGAUUGCCAGGCACUACCGUAUCAAGCACAACAACGUCCGAGCCCAGCCGGAGGGCAAGAACAACCUCUUCAAAUGUGCCCUGUGUGCCUACACCAACCCUAUUCGCAAGGGGCUGGCAGCCCACUACCAGAAGCGCCACGAUAUCGAUGCGUAUUACACCCACUGCCUGGCAGCUUCCAGAACCAUCAGUGACAAGCCCAACAAGGUGAUCAUCCCAUCUCCACCCAAGGAUGACUCCCCGCAGCUAAGCGAGGAACUCCGGCGGGCUGUGGAGAAGAAAAAGUGCUCCUUGUGCUCCUUCCAGUCAUUCAGCAAGAAGGGCAUCGUGUCCCAUUACAUGAAGCGCCAUCCUGGGGUGUUCCCAAAGAAGCAGCAUGCCAGCAAGUUGGGGGGCUACUUCACUGCCGUAUACGCUGACGAACACGAGAGGCCCACGCUGAUGGAGGAAGAGGAGAGAGGCAGCUUUGAGAAAGCCGAGAUGGAAGGUGAGGCUCAAGAAAUCGAGUGGCUCCCGUUUCGCUGCAUCAAAUGCUUCAAGCUGUCCUUCAGCACGGCUGAGCUGCUGUGCAUGCAUUACACUGACCACCACAGUCGGGACCUAAAGAGGGACUUUGUCAUUCUGGGCAACGGUCCGCGCUUGCAGAACUCCGCCUACCAGUGUAAGCACUGUGAUAGCAAACUGCAAAGCACAGCGGAGCUGACCUCACACUUGAACAUUCACAAUGAGGAAUUCCAGAAGCGUGCCAAACGUCAGGAGAGGAGGAAACAGCUUUUGAGCAAGCAGAAAUAUGCAGAUGGUGCUUUUGCAGAUUUCAAACAAGAGAGGCCUUUUGGUCACUUAGAAGAGGUGCCAAAGAUCAAGGAGAGGAAAGUGGUGGGCUACAAGUGUAAAUUCUGUGUGGAAGUGCACCCAACGCUCCGAGCCAUCUGCAAUCACCUCCGAAAGCACGUCCAGUAUGGCAAUGUCCCCGCCGUGUCAGCCGCCGUGAAGGAGGCCGAAGACCCUUCCCACUUGUUUCUGGAUGGAUUGGAAGCAGCCAAAGAUGCCAGUGGCGCCCUGGUGGGCCGGGUGGAUGGUGAACACUGCUUGCUUGAUGGAAUGUUGGAGGAUGAAACCCGGCCGGGGGGAUACCAUUGCAGUCAAUGUGAUAGAGUCCUGAUGUCCAUGCAGGGGCUGCGUUCUCAUGAGAGGAGCCACCUGGCCCUGGCCAUGUUUACCCGCGAGGACAAGUACAGCUGCCAGUAUUGCUCCUUUGUUUCUGCUUUCAGACACAAUUUGGAUCGCCAUAUGCAAACCCACCAUGGACACCAUAAACCAUUCCGAUGCAAACUCUGCUCCUUCAAGUCCUCCUAUAACAGCCGACUGAAAACUCACAUACUCAAGGCUCAUGCUGGUGAACAUGCCUACAAGUGUUCUUGGUGCUCCUUUUCCACCAUGACAAUCAGUCAGUUGAAGGAACACUCCCUCAAAGUCCAUGGGAAAGCCCUGACACUCCCCAGACCACGGAUCGUCAGUCUCCUCUCCUCACAUGCCCACCACUCCUCCCAGAAAACCACCCCAACUGAAGAAGUGGAAGACUCCAAUGUACUUGAUUCAUACCUACCAACGAGCCUGUCUUCCAAGUCUGCACGAAAAUCUAGCUCAAAUAAAAUUAAAUGUGGUUGCUGGCACCAAGACUCAUCCUACUCGGAACCCCCAGAUGUGCAACAGCAAUUGAACCACUAUCAGUCAGCUGCCCUGGCAAGGAACAACAGCCGCGUCAGCCCUGUGCCUCUUUCUGGGGCUGCUGCUGGCACUGAGCAGAAAACGGAAGCCGUUCUUCACUGCGAAUUCUGUGAAUUCUCCUCGGGCUACAUCCAGAGCAUCAGGCGCCAUUACCGGGACAAGCAUGGCGGGAAGAAACUUUUCAAGUGUAAAGACUGUUCCUUCUACACAGGCUUUAAAUCUGCUUUUACUAUGCACGUGGAAGCUGGGCAUUCAGCGGUUCCUGAGGAGGGCCCCAAAGAUCUUCGCUGUCCACUCUGCCUCUAUCACACCAAAUAUAAGCGCAACAUGAUUGACCAUAUCGUGCUGCACCGAGAAGAGCGAGUUGUCCCCAUUGAAGUGUGCCGUUCCAAACUGUCAAAAUACUUGCAGGGAGUAGUGUUCCGCUGUGAUAAGUGUACCUUCACCUGCUCCAGUGACGAGAGCCUCCAGCAACACAUAGAAAAGCACAAUGAACUGAAACCUUACAAAUGCCAGCUCUGCUACUACGAGACCAAGCACACAGAGGAACUGGACAGCCACCUUCGGGAUGAGCAUAAGGUAAGCCGUAACUUUGAGCUGGUUGGACGGGUUAACUUGGAUCAGCUGGAACAGAUGAAGGAAAAAAUGGAGAGUUCCAGCAGUGAUGAUGAGGACAAGGAAGAGGAAAUGAACAGCAAGGCUGAAGACAGAGAGCUGAUGAGAUUUUCUGACCAUGGGGCUGCUAUUAACACUGAGAAGCGUUUUCCAUGUGAAUUUUGUGGACGGGCGUUUUCACAGGGCUCUGAAUGGGAAAGACAUGUGCUAAGACAUGGCAUGGCAUUGAAUGAUACCAAGCAGGUGAGCAGAGAAGAAAUGCAUCCAAAAGAGAUUGUGGAGGACAAUGAUAAGAUGCCCUCCAUAGAGGAAAAAGAAGAUGAUGAGGCAAUUGGGCUAGACUUUUCCCUAAAGAACGAAACAGUAGCCAUCUGUGUAGUAGCUGCCGACAAAUCUCUCCUGGAGACCGCAGAGGCCAAAAACGAAUAAGUGUUUGGUGAUAUUCUUAAUCAAACCUUACUUGAACCAUGAUGAAAAAGUGGGAGGGCUGGCUUGGGCUGAGAAGGGAGGGACAGAAAAGAGAAGACAGAACAAAGCUGCUUUUUAGAACUGAACAAUCUAUUUUCAAAGCACUGGUACCUGUGUGAGUGAGUAUGUAAAUUAAAGUUAUUUAACUGGUUGGAAUAUGUGGCUCCUUUUCCAUCACUACAUCUUUCCUUCUGGAUCUUCAUCGUGGAAGUUGCAUUUGUUGCGGAAUAUACGGAGGCACCUCCCAUGGGCACGGUGCACUCCGUGGUGGUCUUGGACAAGUAUGUGGAAACAGAAGCUCCGUGACAGUAGAAGACUUCUCCUAGGGGAACAACUUUUUGACGCACAACUUUUGGUGCGUUUUUCUAGUUUUAAUACCUUAAGCUUUUUCAAGACCUAACUGCAGCCGCUUUGGGAAAAAACAAAAAAAAAAAACAAAAAAACAAAAACAGAAAAUGAAAAACUGCUUUGCAUAAAACAGUCACCUGUUUCCUAGUACCUCAAACUUAACCAAGGGAAUUCUCUGCAUUUGUCAGUACUACCUGUCGUCAUUGUGGUUAAAUGUAGAGAGAACUGCUGGGCAAGAUGGUGAAUGGAGAAAGAAAAAAAAAAA